UCCUGCGCUCUGCCAGAGGAGAGACAGAGCUCGCGGACGCCGGAGAAAAUUAGCGGAGCUGCAAGCUGAGGACCGCGCGCACUGCUGAGUUUCUGCUCCCCGUCGCCCCGUGCCACAAACCAAACGGCCUCCCUUCAGAGGAAUAUUGGACUAAGCUUGUCGGAGCAAGGAUGCAGGACUGACGGCGCAGAAGCUCUCCAAGUAAGGCUGAUGUCUGACACACACUCCACCUCUCACACACGCAGCGGUUAAGGGCGAGGGCUUGUGAUCCGACACACGUCUAAGCCUGGUCAACACUCAUGGGCGAGGUUGCUGGGUCAGAUCUGUGAGAGAGUGUGUGUACAGACCAGUGUGUAUGCGGCGGAUGGUGUUGUUUCUGACGUGAUACGAGAGUUUUUCCCCGAACCACAGACUAUGGAGGCCCGUUUCUCAAUGAGGAGGUUGUGAGACGACCGCAGCCCUGUCGCGCUCACAGCGCCCCCUAUCGGCCCGGGCGGCCCACCACGCGCCGUCCAUGAAGGGCUACCACGUCAGCCGCAGCCUGUCGCAGCACUCGGCCGGCCCGUGCCACUGCGUGCCCGAGGACUACGGGGGCCACCCGGACCACCACUACCACCAGGGCCACCCCGAGCACCCGUACUACCCCCCCGGGGGGCCCCCCGAGCCCCUGGCGCUGCCGGCGCCCCCUAGCGGCGGGGGCGGAGGGGGCACGUUCCCCCGCGCACACCCCAGCCAGCCGGCGUACGACUCGUCUUGCGAGGAGUGCCUGGGUCACGGCGGCAGUGGCGGUGCCAUGGUCGUCGGGGGCAACAAGAUGCAGCGGAUCCCCGCCGGGCUGCUGGACCAGUUCGAGAAGCAGCUGCCCUUCCAGCCGGACGGCUUCCACACGCUGCAGUACCAGCGCGCGGCCAGCGGGGGCGCCGGAGGAGGGGGGGAGCACCACCACCACCACCACCACGCGCAGCACGCGCAGCACCGCAGCGAGAGCCCCAGCCGCAUCCGACACCUCGUCCACUCUGUCCAGCGGCUCUUCGCCAAGUCGCACUCGCUGGAGGCGCCGUCCAAGCGCGAGUACAACGGAGGGCCGCGCGGCGCCGGGGGCGGGGGGGAGUACCGCAGCGAGCGGGGGGGGCAGGGCGGUCACCGCAGCGCUGGGGAGGAAGCCGGAGGAGGAGGAGGAGGAGGAGGAGGAGGAGGAGGAGGCGGAGGUCACCACCAGUCGCGCUCCGCGCGGCGCAGCAAGAGCCGCGAACGCAGCAAGAGUGGCGACUACCGGGGGCACGAGUCGUCGUCAUCCCAUCGCCAUGGCAGCCGGCACCGGAGCCGCACCGCGGGAUGGUGGAGCUCCGACGACAACCUGGACAGCGACAGCAGCUUCCUGCCCGGCGGCCGGAUCAGCGGACGCGGCGGGUGGCGGUGGGGCGCCUACCACGAGAGCCUGGACGCCACACUGCACGAGCUGACCAUGAAGAGGCCCAAAGGGCCCCAAGGCCCGGGGGGGCCACCGGGGGGAGAGUGUCUGGCCUGCACCAGCAUGGUGAUGUCCAGCGAUGGGGGUGGGGGGGGACACGGCCACGGAGGAGGGGGGGCGCACUCGCUGAAGAGGAGCACCUGGUCGGCCAUGACGGUCAGCCAGGCGAGGGAGGUGUACCCCCGAGCAGGGGCCGGCGGAGGGGGAGGCGGAGGGGGAGGCGGCUUCGACAAGGCGCUCGUACCCCUGGAGCCCAAGGGCAAAGAGAGAUCACUGCACCAUCUGCAGGUGCCAUUAGACGAGUGGGGCGCGGGGUACCCUGGUGGAGGUGCGUCUGAUAGUGGUGGGGAGAUCCCGUGCAGACGCAUGCGCAGCGGCAGCUACAUCAAGGCCAUGGGCGACGACGACAGCGGAGACUCGGACGCCAGCCCCAAGGCCUCGCCCAAGAGCGCGCUCAUCGCCCAGAGAGGCUUCCGGCGCUCCGUCAGCAUGGACCAGCGCUCCACCUCCAGCCAGUACUCGUGUAGGCAGUGUACAGAUGCAUUCCCGAACAGUCGCACCACUCCUAAAGGACACGCUCGAUCUCGUAGCUACACACGCUCUCUAACCAGCUCACAGCUGGGCGACACACUGAACCGUCAGUUUGAGGCGGUGUGUGAGACGAUGUUUGGCGAGAUGGAGUCGCAGGCGGUGGAGGCUCUGGAUCUGCCCGGUGUAUUCCGCACCCAGCAUAGCUACGUGCGCGCUAUCCAGGCCGGCUGUUCCCAGGACGACGACUGCCUGUCCGUCUUCUCUAUGUCCGGACCCCAGGGCAGCAUCAAGGGAGGACCAGUCGUUCCCUACAGGAAGGGCCCUCCUCCUCUGCCCCCCCGCAUGUCCAAGCCCAUGAUCUCCGUGACAGCCCAGAGUAGCACUGAGUCCACCCAGGACGCUUACUUCCACAGCACGGGCCAGCCGGCGCCGCCACAUCCCCACCCGCACCCCCCACCCCCACCCCCACCCGCGGGCAAACAGCACAGCAACUCAGUGGACGGUGGCAGCGCAGAGCCCCCUGGUGGUGAGCGUGCCUCCUCGCGGGGCGGGUACUACUCCGGUCGUGCGCGGCAGAACAGCAACUCGGCCGAGAGCCUGGACGGCAGCCGCGGGCUGUUCCGCGAGGCCAGCUACCAGCAGGGGGCGAUAAUGAGGGCCAAGCACAGCAGCUCGGCCGACAAUCUGCUGGAGAGCGCCGGCCGCAGUCACCGAGAGCGCGAGAGGGGCCCAGCAGGGGGCAGUCUGGGCAAGUCCGCCUCGCUGCCCCAGAACAGCAUCUUGCUCAGCAAGGCCUCGACCCCCACCGCUACUGACCAGCACAAACCCGAGGGACGCACACGCAAACUCAGACCCUCCAUAGCAGUGCAGGUGGACAGCUCGGAGACACUGUCAGACUCAGACGGAGAGGGAAAGUCACUGAGGGAAGUGCACUCUAUUGGAGUUCAAGUGGAGGACGACAAGAGACGCGCGCGCUUCAAGCGCUCCAACAGUGUGACGGCGAGCGUGCAGGCGGACCUGGAGCUGGAGGGCUUCCCGGGGAUGCUGGUGGGCGUCCCCACGCAGGACAAGAGCCUGCAGUUCGGCUGCUCGUUCCAGCGCCACUCCUCGGAGCCCGAGUCCGCGGGCCAGUUCGGCGAGUACCGCACCGUCCACACGCAGGGCCAGUGGGCCUACUCCGAAGACUACCAGCACCAGCACCACCACAUGCACCCGGGUUACGGACCGCCAGACCCCUGCGGGCCGGAACCGCACCAGCGGGCACUGCCCGUGCCCCUGCCGCGCUCCCACUCACCCCUGCCCCUGGAGCGGGGGGGCGGCGGAUGGCACGAGGGACCCUGCAGCCUGCCGGACUCGGGCCGAGCCUCGCCCUCGCCCUGCCUGAGGGACGGGGAGUUCUUCCUCCGGCUACUGCAGUCCGAGGUGGAGAGGAUGGAGGCAUGGUGCCAGACCAUGGAGAGAGAGGCGGAGGAGAACGAGCUACCAGAGGAAGCGCUAGAGAUGAUCCGGUCGGCCAUUGGCAGCGCCCAGAUGCUGAUGUCACAGAAAGUACAGCAGUUCUUCCGCAUGUGCCAGCAGAGUGUGGACCCGUCGGCGUACCCCCAGCCCUCCUCUCAGGACCUGUCCAGCUUCUGGGACCUGCUGCAGCUGGCCGUGGAGGAUGUGCGCGUCAAGUUCCAGGACCUGCAGCGCCUCAAGGACUCCGGCUGGAGGCUGCCGCCCGAGAAGAAGGAGGAUAAGAAGGGCCCUCCCCCUCUGCCGAAGAAGCCGCUGGGUGGCGUGACGGGCACCCUGCGGUCAGACAGUGUGAGUGACGGUGUCGGGGGUGGAGGAGGUGGCGGAGGAGGUGGUGGUGGCAGUGCUGCUGGAGGUGGCAGCGGUGGCGUGGGCGCUGGUGUUGGCGCCGGUGCUGCUGCCAGCAGCAUGCUGGUGGUGUCGCGGAGCGGGCCGGGUCUCCCGGUGCGGGAGAAGUCGCUGGACCUUGGGGACCGUCAGCGGCAGGAGACGCGGCGUCGUCUGCUCCAGACCAAGCGCUCCGCCUCCUUCCGCCAGAACUCGGCCACCGAGAGUGCCGACAGCAUCGAGAUCUACAUCCCCGAGGCCCAGACGCGCCUGUGAACACACACACACAGACACACACACACACACACACACACACACAUACACUCAUAUGCUGGGUGUCUCAUACACACAUCACGGUCUACAUCCCUGUAGUCCAUACACACAGACACAGACACACACACAGACACAGACACACACACACACACACACACAAAAACACACACACGCAAACAUACACACACACUGAUAUCAACCUCACCAACCUCAAGCUCAAACCUGCUUCUCACAGUCUCCUGAUAGCAAGUGACACACACACAAACACACACACACACACAUAUAAUGGGCUGGCCUGACCAUCCCCACUGAACCCCACACCAAAAUGUGUGUGUGUGUGUGUGUGUGUGUGUGUGUGUGUGUGUGUUCUCCCAACCUUUUUCCCAUUGGUGAAUGAGACACGCAUGUAAAGGGCAGACUAGCCAGAUCAGGAGACAGAGAGUGUGUGUAGAGGAAAGGAGUGUGUGUAGUGGGUGUGUGUAGUGGAAAGGAGAGUGUGUGUAGAGGAAAGGAGUGUGUGUGUAGUGGAGGAAAGGAGAGUGUGUGUAGUGGAAAAGGAGGUCAUUUAUUGUUCCCUGAGCGAGUUGAUAAAGCCUUCCUAUAAAUGCAUGAUCUCACAGCUGUGGUGGCUGAGUUCAUCCCACAGUCACUUAAGAAAAUAGGGCUCCACUGGUGUGUGUGUGUGUGUGUGUGUGUCCAUUCAGCAUACACAACCCCCCUCGGUCAUUUGAAAAGAAUGGCAUCUUCACGCAGCACCACCCAGCACCAAGAGCAUACAUCACAGGUCCCGGGUCAGUGUCCCUGCUCUGAAUAACACCAGACGCGGUCUUUGAGCUGAGGAUUGAACGGAUGCAGAUGUAGAUAGAUCCCGUCACUGUGAAGCAGUAGCACCAGAGCGCCCUCUCUCUGUCGGGAGUAAGACAGAAGACACAAGCAGAAGAUGCCCUCAGUGAAAACUCAGGCUGGCUGAAGCCAAUAUGUGCAAUACAAUACAGCAGUAACCCUCUGCACCUCUCCUCCUGUCCUCUCCUCUCUCUGCUCUCCUCCUCUUCUCUCCUCCUCUUCUCUCCUCCUCUUCUCUCUCAUCCUCUUCUA